AUGUCAGCGACCUCCUGCCUUCUGAACGAGGCUGUGCCUAAGCAGUUCUUCCCUCUUGCAGAUAACUGGUCCUAUGAGAGGCCUUCAAACUCUUACUUCCUGGGUGACGUUAUUAAAGUUGAGGCAUCCGUGAAGGUAUACAACCACGUCCCUCUGCGUGUGUUUGUGGACAGCUGUGUGGCCACCCAAGUACCUGAUGUGAACGCCCUUCCGAGAUAUUUGUUCAUUGAGAAUCAUGGAUGUCUUGUGGAUGCCAAGGUCACAGCUUCCAGCUCGCGCUUCAUGCCUCGAUCCCAGGAAGACAAAAUCCGGUUCCAGCUGGAGGCCUUCAUGUUCCAGGGGGGAUCCAGUCCUUCUAUCUACAUAACGUGUGUUCUGAAGGCCACUCUUGCUUCUGCACCUAGUGACGCGCUCCACAAAUCCUGUUCCUUUGCCAAUGGGUGGCUUGCUGCUGAUGGGAACCACCAGGUUUGUGGUUGCUGUGACUCCACAUGUGGUCCUGAUGGUGGAACUGCUGCUUCUCCUUUUGGAGGUAGGAAGGUGCUUUUAAGCUUGGUUUUUGGCCCUUCAAGCACUUAACUCUGGUGUCUGCUUUUUCUAGGCCUUCAGUGUGAAGGGAAGGCCUCGCUCGGUCCUGUAGUGGUUCAAGAGCACAAGAAGACUUUGGCUGGUCUUCAAUAAAUGUGGGGGAGCAAACU